CAGGCCCGGCAGUGCUCGUUAUAAGAGGCUCGAUAUUAUUAAGAUAUCAGUCUGACCCUACUCGUCUAGCAUUCUUCGGGACGGACAGAAUCAUCGCCAACCUAACAACCCCUCGGAGACAACUCUUGUGUAAGGACGUACACACGCAUACCAUGGCAGGCAGUAUUAAAAACGUAGCCGUCGUUGGGGCCUCAGGCAAUGUUGGUAAGGAUGUCGUCCAAGAACUCCUCAACGCCGGCUUCAGCGUGACCGCACUCACGCGGGAGGGGUCUACGUCCACCUUCCCGGCCAACGUCGUCUCCAAAAAGGUCGACUACCAAUCCGUCGAGUCCCUGACGUCGGCCCUCGACGGGCAAGAUGCCGUGGUGUCCACCAUUGCCACUCCGGCCAUCGGUAGCCAGCUUGCGCUCGUGGACGCCGCCGUCGCGGCCAAGGUCAAGCGUUUUAUCCCUUCCGAAUUCGGCGUCAAUACGAGGAUCAUCGCCGGCACCCCCAUCGGUGACAUCCUCCAAGGAAAAAUCAAGACUGUCGACUAUCUCGUCAGCAAGUCUCAGGAAAACCCGUCGUUCACCUGGACUGGCGUCUCGACCGGGCUCUUUUUCGACCGGGGACUUAAAUACGGUAGCAUCGGGUUCGAUAAGAAGUCUAAGACAGCGACUAUCUACGACUCUGGCAACGAACCCGUGCAGGUGUCGAAUCUCUCCUUCAUCGGCAGGGCUAUUGUCGCGAUCCUGUCGCAGCCGGAUAAGUCGGCAAACCAGUAUUUAUCCAUCGCGUCCUUCAACCCGACCCAGAACCAGAUCCUCGAGAUCGUCGAGGCGGAGACGGGGGAGAAGUGGAAGGUAGAGCGCGCCAGCACCGCUGAGGAGAAGAAGAUCGGGGUGGAGAAGCUGAGCAAGGGAGACUACAGUGCUUUCUCCAACCUCCUGCGCGGGCGCCUCUUCACCGACGGCGCCAACCUCGCUGCCAAAGGAGAGAAUAGCGCUAACGACCUGCUCGGGCUCAAGGAAGAAGAUUUGACAGCAACCCUACGGGAGUGGCUACGCGGUUGACGAAGCGCGACGCGACCCCCGAACCCCGUCUCCGUGCGUGAAUAAAACUACGUAUCGUAUGCUAAUAAAGGCAAAGAGUUUUCGGCACGAAGUGAUCGUAGUAUCGUUUUAAUCACCCUGAUAUAUACAAGUUUAAGUUAGCAGCCGACCAUAAAUCGACUGUCACUUUUUCGU